AUGAGUUUGUCGCGGACUUCCUCCUUUGACGAGCAGGGCUCGUUGGGCGCACGCACAGGAAAGGCUAGUGGAGUUGGGAACUCGGCCAGUAAUAGUGGAGGUGGUGCAGGCCUUGGAAGUAGCAUACCAGGCGUUGGGAACUCUAGUCUGAGACCUGUGGAUAUAGUAGUAGCCAAUUUCGACUUUAUGCCUAACAAAAAGUCACAGCUGCGAUUGAAUGCCGGCGACGUGAUCUAUGUGCUGGGAAAACAUGAAUCUGGUUGGUGGGAUGGUGUUAUUGUAGGAAAUCGAACAUCUGUGCGGUGUGCGCGUGGGUGGUUUCCGCAAAACUUCACCAGAUCUUGUCGCGAUAGGCUGCAAGUGGCGGCACAUCAGGCUAUAACCGGAAAAACCGUUGGCCACCGCCAAAAUGCUCGGUCGGGUGCCAGCAGUCGGCGUAGCAGUUUAGCAGCUUCGCCAGCGGCAGCAGCAGUCAUGCAUCUGAUGCUCGGCAACAACGGUAAUCAGAGCUCAAACCUCUCACCAAACUAUAAUAAUAAUAGCAGCAACCCGCUGCUGGCGACUGUGAGUGACCCGGACUUGUUACCAGCUGCAAAAGCGCACUCUUCCUCACCACCACCACACUUGAAGGAAGAUUAUAAAUUUGAUAUGCGCACCGUCUUACCGAGUGGCCAGUCUAUGUCAAGGCGAGCAAGUUUGGCCUCACCGGCUGCCUCGAUACCAAUGUCAACGUCAGGCUCGGGCUCGAUGUCUGCCGCCGGUAAGUCACGCUCAAAGUCACCGUGCCGUGCUCCUGCAGCCGCCAACCCACCGACUAGUGAUGGACAACAGAAUAACCUGCGGCCUUCACCGCCCCCACAAAACGCUCAAAUAGACCCACUUCAAAAAUUGGGCAGUUUUGAUGACCGCAGGAGGCGAUCUCAGGUGAAAAGUGAGAAGGUUACGAUACUAAGCGCAGAAGAAGUUGAAAUGAUUUUUAACAAUAUUAAUAAUGAUUGCCCCCCAAUAUGGACGCCGGUUGCAACCACUGAGGGGAAGGUGAUUUACUACAAUCGUGAAUACGAUCUUUACAGUAGCUCGCUUCCCUUUCUACAAUCUCCCGAACUUAAUUUAAAAAGUGUCUUUCCGGAUGACGACUGGUAUGUAAGUUUGAGCGAAAGACCGCUGGAUGAAGACAGAAAGAUCAUUGACCUCACGAAAAAGGACAAUGCCGCACAUCGCCCCCCAGUCCAACGCUUGGACUCGUCUUCCUCAACGACAAAUAAUUCGCGUUCCACGCACAAACCAAGUGUAGAUGAAAAGAGCAAAAGCUUUAUGGCCGCGGCUCUACAAUCCCAAAGCAGUGCAGGCACUGAAACCAAAUCUGGAAAAAUCAAUAAUGGUACAAAAGACCACAAUGCAAGCGAAUCCCCAGAAGCUCCAAACACCCAGGAAGAUAAGCCUAAAAAUGCUUGGUGGCAGAAAAAUGCGAACGUUCCUCUUCUAUCAAGAGAAGAAUUAUUCUUCCAUCACAGGAUGGACGUACGCUCUUGGACAGAGCUCCGUGAGACCACGCUAUAUUUCGCUCGAAAGUCCUACGCCAGCUUUUUCCAAGAUAACUACGGCGAGUUCAAGAAAAACUUCGAAAUGACCUCUAAGUUUACCAUUUAUUACCAUAAUGCUUGUCGACUUCUGAAGUCUGAACUGGUGAAAAAAAAUUUGAAAAAAGGUGUAAGGAAGCUUUUAAAACAGAUGCUUUCAUCCAUGUCUACUAUCAGCAUAAAUGGAAACUUAUUUUUUUGCUCCCCUCAGAGGUCCGAUCUUCGUUUUUCGCCGGACAUGCGUCAUCCUCACAAAUCUAGCGCUACCAGCUCUGGUACGGAAGUCCAAGAUCCCCUUCGCGUGUCAAUAACGACGCUCAAUCCCAUCCAAUCUAAUGCGGCCCCUAAAUUAAGUAUAGGGAACAGCGACUUCUUUUUUAGUGAUGAAGUACAACAUCCUCUUUCAGGCGAAAGGAAGGAUGCUAGUGGUAGCAGGUUUGGAUCAGUGAUGAGCUCUUACACCAUUCAAGCGCAUAGCUCUGCGAUUGAUGAGAACUCGAACUUAUCAAUUCAAAUGUUGUUUCAGUCACUUGAUAACGAAUUUAGCAAUCUCAUGAAUGCUGUGGGAGACCUUCAUGAUAUAAUGAGUACAAGUUGUUCAGGAGGCGGAGUUCUACCUCAACUCUUUACUCGUUUUUUUCGAGAUUGCUUCAGCGGUGGCGCUUGGACGAGCACAUUUCAAGAAAAACUUGUCGAUUUGAGUCCUAGAAACUCUAUUGUUGAUGAUGGCUCCUCAGAACCUUAUGCGACGGUAAACGCUUUUGGAAGCAUCAGCAGUAAAGCUCCAACAAUGGAGGGCUCGUUUAUGUCCAGGAGCUCAGCAGAUCCUGAUUUAUCGGCAUACCAGCGUGAUUCUUUCAGAACGCGGCCCCAAAGCAAGAGCCGGCACCCUCUAUCAGUUGAUACUCUUAACUAUAUGAAGAAAAAACUGGACUAUUUUACUACUCUAUCUUUUCAAAGCUACGAGACGCUACUUGAACAGAAACGUUCCAAGAAGAGAAACCUCGAGAUUAGCGCUGCCUGUCAUCGUGAGCUUACUCACUCAGUGGCCAUAAUCGAAUUGCUAGAAAACCUAGACCUGAGGUUUUUUUUGAACAUGAAGAACCUGGGUUAUAAACCAGAACAUGACAAAGACAGCGAGGAACUGCGUCAGCACGCAAUGACCUCGUCAGCAUCCUUGUUAAUGGAAUUUUUUGACGUGAAGCAGGCUCUUUACGAUGUCACGAUUAAGAAAAUAUUGGACAUUCAAAAUUUAACGUUACAAGACCCCUAUGUAUUCUGUUCCAUGGCUGGCGAUCAAUCAUUCCGUGACGAUGAUAGUGACAAUUUGGAAGAAAGCAACAUUCUAAAGGUAGAGAAGUUAGCCGAAACUUAUUACAAACGCUUCUUGAAGGAGGACGUCGAAGUAAAUGCGCUAUCCUUCUGCGAUACAGAUUCGGAGUUCAAAGCAACCCAAGCAUCGUUUUUGGGAGUAAUUGAAUCUGCCUACCAGGUGGUAGAGCAAUUAAUGCAGGAGCGUGAAAGCAUUUUAAAUUACGCGGCAAGGAUGAUGAAAAAUGACUUGAUAGCUGAGCUGAUAAAAGGUGAACAAAACAAAGGCUAUUUAGACGUUGAAGGGAAGUCAGCUGACUCAGAGAUUGAGCACAUUGGCCCACAAGAUUUUGAUAGGAGUUUUUCGAUUGACGUCCCUUGGUACCUAGACUCUGAGCACGAGUACUCGCUUAUCUAUGACAACAAUGGGAAUAUCAAAGGCGGUCGGAAGGCUGCCCUACUGGAGCACCUUACCAGCCAUCAAACGAUCGAUGCCUCCUUCAAUAUUGCUAUGCUGCUUUCUUUCCGAAGCAUCUUCACGACUUCCGAAUUCCUUCAUGCUCUAGUCGAGAGGUAUCACUUAUACCCCCCUGACGGAUUGACCUUUGAUGAAUAUAACUUGUGGAUUGAAAAGAAAGCUAAUGUUGUGAAAGGGCGCGUAGUCACAAUCAUGAAGACACUUUUCUCACACUACUGGACCCCUGCGUACUACGAGUCUGGAAUCGAUGACCUUGUAAGUUUUGCUCAAUUAGCUGUCGCCCAAAAUAUCAGUGGAGCACCUGUGCUGUUAAUUGAACUAAAAAAUCGCCUCUCUUUGAAAGGUAAUUUAAAGAAUUUUGUCCCAGAAAUAAUUAAGUUUGACGAAAGCGGUCAUAACUACGGAUCCAACGCAUUAAAUCCAGAGGUACAAAGUGCGGGCUCUACGGAAGUCGGUGCAGGGUACGGAUUUAGAAUGAGAAAAUUGAAAAUUUUGGACAUUGAUCCUCAGACUUUCGCAAAGCAGUUGACCACCAAAGACCACUUUCUUUAUUCCAGAAUCACCCCAUUUGCGUGUCUUGAUCGGAUAUGGGGUAGGAAAUAUUGCAAGUUUGCAGGCUCUGAAUUGAUCACAAAGUUUGUCACCAGUGCAAAUACGCUAACUAAUUACGUUGCGUUCAGUAUUGUAAAACAGACCAAUUUCAAAAAAAGAGUCAAAGUCAUUCAACAUUUUGUGUCAGUUGCAGAAAGCUGCUAUGAGCUAAAUAGUUUCUCCUCCAUGACAGCUAUUAUUUCGGCAUUGUAUUCGUCUCCAGUCUAUCGCUUGAAAAAGACGUGGGCCAGCGUGCCCACUGACUGCAUCAAGGUUUUAGAGAAUCUCAACACUCUGAUGGACCCAACGAAGAAUUUUUUUACCUAUAGAACGUGGCUGAAGACAGUAAAGGACGUCGCAUGCGUUCCGUUUUUCGGAGUUUACUUGUCUGACUUGACAUUCAUCGCCGAGGGAAACCCUGACUACUUACACAGGUCGACAGACAUUGUUAAUUUUAACAAGCGCAUUCGGAUUGUUGAGAUAUUGAAACAGAUCUCAAGCUACCAAAAUAUUCGGUACAAGUUUAAGUUGUAUGAUGACGUCCAGGCAUUCAUCGACGAGUCUAUGAAGUCAGUUCCCACCAUUGAGAAGCAGUAUGAGCAAUCACUGAGGAUCGAGCCUCGGACGGACGUUUCAGCCGGCCUGAACAAUUCUCCCACGGCCUCGAAAAUUGAUGUGAGCAAGAAGUUUGACAAACGACCACGAUUCAGUAAGAGCAAGAAAAAAUCAAAUAAAUUGAGUAGUCUUUGA